CAAUCUAACAACCCAAGCCCCUCAGCACGAAUUGUCGUUGAGUUCAGUGUUCCCCACAACACAACCAAUGAAAUGGAACAACAUCAUCACCCAUUUCACCACAUGUGUUUUCACUCGUCUUUGCCUUUCCUCAAUACAGUUUCAACACUUGAUUCUGAUACCCAAUUCAUUUUCUUUUCAUCUCUCUCUCUCAGUAGAGGAAUUUCUCAAAGAUGAGCUCUGGGGGCACCAAUGGAACCCCUGAAACAUCUUCUGCUGCUGCUGCUGCUGCCAACAGGCGUUCCAAGAAACCCAAAUAUUCAAGGUUUACACAACAAGAGCUUCCUGCUUGCAAGCCAAUUCUGACUCCUCCAUGGGUCAUUACAGCAUUUGUCUCUGUUGGGAUCAUAUUCAUCCCCAUUGGCCUUGCUUCCUUAUUUGCAUCCGAGCAUGUAGUGGAAAUCAUAGACCGUUAUGAUAAGGAUUGUGUUCCUUCAAAUUAUACUAACAACGCGCUUGCGUAUAUCCAAAGCACCCAAACUAACAAGACUUGUACCAGGCAUUUAAUUAUUCCAGAGCGAAUGAAAAGUCCCAUUUAUGUCUAUUAUCAGCUGGAAAACUUCUAUCAGAAUCAUCGUCGAUAUAUCAAAAAUAGAAAUGAUUACCAAUUGCGCAGCAGGGCGUACGAGUUUGAUGUAGAUGACUGUGAUCCUGAAGCAAAGACAGAAAGAGGUCCAAUCGUUCCCUGUGGUCUCAUUGCUUGGAGCUUGUUCAACGAUACAUAUCGAUUCUCACUGCAAAACGAAGUGAUCCAAGUCAGUAAACAGGACAUUGUGUGGAAAAGUGACCAAAAUCAUAAAUUCGGAUCCAAUGUCUAUCCUAAAAAUUUUCAGAGUAGUGGUUUGAUUGGGGGUGCAAGGCUCAACCAGAGUAUACCGUUGAGCAAGCAAGUGGAUCUUAUUGUUUGGAUGCGAACUGCAGCUUUACCGACCUUCAGAAAGCUUUAUGGGAAGAUAGAGGUGGAACUUGAGGCUAAUCAGAAUCUAACAGUUCUAAUACAGAACAAUUAUAACACAUAUAGCUUUGCCGGUAAAAAGAAGCUGGUCCUUUCAACCACGAGUUGGAUUGGAGGAAAAAAUGAUUUCCUCGGUAUAGCAUACCUUGCAGUAGGUGGACUUUGCUUGUUUGUGGCAAUAAGCUUCGUACUUCUUUACCUUCUAAAGCCAAGGCCGCUUGAGGAUCCAUCCUACUUGUCCUGGAACAUAAAUCCUGCUGGGUUGUCGAACUAAGACUCCUUUUAUUAUGUCCCAAUUUACAACAUUCAUCGUGCAGUGUGGUAACAUGCGGAGUCUCUCUCUCCACAUAGAAUCUUACCGGUUUGAGCCGUUGAUAUCUUUAUCUUCACAGACUUGAAUGUCCUGAAUGAAGUCAUUGAGCGAUCAUUUUUGUUUUAGUUUUUUCCAGUCUUCAUGGCAUGCAUCAACUUAGUGCAUUGCAUUUUUAGUGUUUUUUUAUCUGUUCAGAAGACAAACACUGUUAGUUACUAACAAUGCAAUUUUUGCCAAAUUCUACCGUGCCACAUAUCAAAGUAGAGUACCUCAAUUAGUUUUAUACAAAUCCACAAGUUAAUGUAUCACUUUGGUGAAUAU